AUGUUCAGAUCUUCAUUAAGAUUUAUACGGAACAUUUCACUCACUUCGGGACCUCAAGGUACCGAUGGUAGACUUCCCUUGGGGUCUUUCAAAUCAAGUUCCUUCCUGCAAAGUGAGCUGACUAGCAUCUCCAUCACCGAUCCCUUCAUAUUAUAUCAAAACUAUAUCAAACAGGGGAUUCUUGAGAAAGAUGAAAAUCAAUUAAGAGUAAUGAAAGAAUUCCAGAAAUUGUAUCAUAGAUUAAUGGAUUACAGUCCACCAGAUGAUAUCAAUAUCAGAAUCAGUUUGUUGAUGAAAAAGCUCGAAAUUCAGCAAGCUGAAUCGGUUAUCAAAGAUAACAGAGUUAUCAAAUUGAGUGGAUUGAAGAAAUUUUUUAGCCCCAAACCUCUCCAAGAACGGAAUCAAAUGAUAAAACUACUUACUGAUGAAGAAGAGUUAGUCAAUUUUAAUUCCCCACAAGGGCUUCUCAUCAACGGUGAAGUAGGGUGUGGUAAAUCGAUGUUAAUGGAUUUAUUUGCAGCAACUUUACCCUAUGAUAGGAAGAUGAGAUGGCAUUUUAAUAACUUCAUACUAUGGGUGUAUAAUGAAAUCAACAACAUCCAGAAUGAAAAGAUCUUGAUCAUCAAUGCCUAUAAUGGCUCUAAGGAGGUCAAGUUAAAUCUUGAAAAUGAAUUCAUACUAUUCGAGAUUGCUCAAAAGAUGAUAAAGAAGAACACCAUAUUAAUGUUGGAUGAGUUCAUGUUACCUGAUAUUGCAUGUGCCAAUAUAAUCAAAAUACUAUUCACUUAUUAUUUCAAAUUAGGAGGUGUCUUGGUUGCUACUUCCAAUAAGAUUCCUGAAGAAUUAUAUUCCAAUGAAUUCCAUAAGAAUAAGUUCAAAACUUUUGUUAACAUUUUGAACUAUAGAUGUAUACUGGUAGAUAUGAAAUCAUCUAAAGAUUACAGAUUAGAAUUUGCUCAAGGCCAACCCAAUCAUAUAUCCAAAUUACAUAAUGACGAUCAUGAUGACCAAUGGUUAGAUUUGAUAAAACCAGCUGUAGGCGUCGAUACGUCAGAUAAAAGACCUAUAGAAGAUCUUGGAGGUAAACCUAAAGAACUAACUGUUUAUAAACGAACCACGGUUAUACCCUUGACAUUUGGGGAAACUUGUUAUUUGGAUUUUGACUACAUUUGUAAAGGAUUAUAUUCGUCUUCAGAUUACAUAACCUUGACCUCCAAUUUCAAAACUGUCAUCAUAGAUAAUGUUCCCACACUAACCACCAAAAUGAAAAAUGAGGCUAGAAGGUUCAUCACUUUACUUGAUGCUAUAUACGAAUCUAAGUGUCAAUUCUAUAUCCGAAGUGAAGUUCCAAUUGAUUAUAUAUUCUUCCCCGAUGCAAACAACGAUGUUCCUGUAGAGAUCAAGAACUUGCUAGAUAACAUAAAUGACAAUAAUCUUGAAGUGCAAGAUGAAGAAAUGUUUUCAAAGACAGAAAUUGCCUUAUCCAAUCCGUAUAGACCAAAUGUGUCAACUUAUGAUCAGAAUCAUACCACUGUAUUUCAAGAAGAGCCUAAAAAGCCACAAUAUCGAAGCAUGCAGGCGUUUACUGGAGAGGAUGAAAUGUUUGCCUAUAAAAGAGCUGUACUGAGAAUAAAAGAGAUGGUAGGAUCGGAAAAAUGGAGACAAAAUGAUAGAUGGGUCCCAAUUGAUAGUUCCAUGAGGCCUUGGGAAUCUACUAAGGGCUCCACUUCAAAAGUGGUCCAAGACAGUCUUACUAUUGAUAAAGUUACUGUCACUAAGCAACAGCUCAAAUCUCAAUUACCUAGAGAUUUAGCCAAAGAGUAUAACAUUCCAUUUCGUAAAUUCAACCAAUCACUAGCACCUGUCUUUGAUCAGUUACAACAUUUUUGGACAUUUGGCAGAUGGAAUAGAAACUCCAAAACUAAAGAUAAAUUUGCGAAAUCAUGGAUUAAUUCUUCUCAGAAAUAG